AUGAGACUCCCAUGGCUGAGCGUGGGAAGCAAAUUAUCGCCUUCCAUACAGUCGACCCAAAGGAGGGAGCAGAUGAAAACUUACGAAGUUGCCACUGCCUUCCUUUUGAACGGAGAUUUCUGGAACCCCUUCAAGAGCACAGACUCAAAGAAUCAUCCAGAAUUACUGAGUGUUCGAUUACAGCUGCAAAGCAAACAACUGAUUCUCAAUCUGGAAAGAAAUGAAGGUCUCAUCGCCAGCGGCUUCACGGAAACCCAUUAUCUGCAAGAUGGUACUGAUGUCUCCCUCACGCGAGAUUAUACGGGUCAUUGUUACUACCACGGCCAUGUGCUUGGCUACCCUGGAUCAAUGGUCAGUCUCAGCAUUUGUUCUGGACUCAGGGGACUUAUAAUGUUUGAAAAUAAAACCUACGCCUUAGAACCUGUGAAAAAUGCAACCAACAGAUACAAACUCUUCCCAGCGGAAACUCUGAAGGGCAUCCUUGGGUCUUGUGGGUCGCAUCGGAACACCUCAGAUCUCACUGCAGAUAAUGCGCUCUGGCUGCCCUCCCAGGCACGGCGGGUAAGAAGGCAUAAAAGAGAGACCCUUAAGAUGACCAAGUACGUAGAGCUGGUCAUUGUAGCGGACAACCGAGAGUUUCAGAGGCAAGGAAAAGAUCUGGGAAAAGUUAAGCAGCGAUUAAUAGAGAUCGCUAAUCACGUUGACAAGUUUUAUAGAGCGCUGAACAUCCGCAUCGUGCUGGUGGGCGUGGAGGUGUGGAAUGACGUUGACAAGUGCUCCAUAAGUCAGGAUCCGUUCACGAGCCUCCACGAGUUUCUGGACUGGAGAAAGAUGAAGCUUCUGCCUCGCAAAUCCCACGACAAUGCCCAGCUCAUCAGCGGGGUGUACUUCCAAGGGAGCACCAUCGGGAUGGCGCCCAUCAUGAGCAUGUGUACUGCGGAACAAUCCGGAGGGGUCGUCAUGGACCAUUCAGACAGCCCCCUGGGUGCGGCCGUGACCCUGGCCCACGAGCUGGGCCACAACUUCGGCAUGAACCACGACACACGGGAGAGGGGCUGUAACUGCAAGAUGACUGCUGAGAAAGGAGGUUGCAUCAUGAAUCCUUCCACUGGGUACCCGUUCCCCAUGGUGUUCAGCAGCUGCAGCAGGAGGGACCUGGAGACCAGUCUGGAGAAGGGCAUGGGGAUGUGCCUCUUCAACCUGCCGGAAGUCAAGCAGUCCUUCGGGGGCCAGAAGUGUGGCAACGGCUACGUGGAAGCGGGGGAGGGCUGUGACUGCGGAGACCUAGAGGAAUGCACGAACCGCUGUUGCAAUGCCACCACCUGCACCCUGAAGCCAGACGCUGUAUGCGCGCACGGGCUGUGCUGUGAGCACUGUCAGCUGAAGCCCGCGGGAACAGCAUGCCGGGAUUCCAGCAAUGCCUGUGACCUCCCAGAGUUCUGCACUGGGACCAGUCCUCACUGCCCAGCCAACGUCUACCUACAUGAUGGCCACCAGUGCCAGGGAGUGGAUGGUCACUGCUACAACGGCAUCUGCCAGACCCACGAGCAGCAGUGUGUCACGCUGUGGGGGCCAGGUGCUAAACCUGCUCCUGGGAUUUGCUUUGAAAGAGUCAACUCUGCAGGGGACCCCUAUGGCAACUGCGGCAAAGAUUCCAAAAGCUCUUUUGCCAAGUGCGAGAUGAGAGAUGCUAAGUGUGGGAAAAUCCAGUGCCAAGGAGGCGCCAACCGACCCGUCAUUGGUACCAAUGCCGUUUCCAUAGAAACGAACAUCCCACUGCAGGAAGGAGGCCGGAUUCUGUGCCGCGGAACCCACGUGUACCUGGGAGAUGACUUGCCGGACCCAGGGCUGGUGCUCGCCGGUACUAAGUGUGCCGAUGGAAAAAUCUGCCUCAACCGCCGGUGUCAAAAUAUCAGUGUCUUUGGAGUUCAUGAAUGUGUGGCCCAGUGCCACGGUCAUGGGGUGUGCAACAACAGAAAGCAUUGUCACUGUGAGGCCCACUGGGCCCCUCCCUUCUGCGACAAGCUGGGCUUCGGAGGCAGCACAGACAGCGGCCCCACCCGAAUAGCAGAUCGCCAGAGCCUAACAGUGAGCCUCCUGGUGGCCACCCUGUGCCUUCUUGCCGCGGGCUCCGUGGUGUACCUCAAAAGGAAGACCUUACUACAGCUACUGUUCGCAGAGAGAAAAACCACCAUUGAGAAGCUAAGGUGUGUGCCUUCUUCCCGGCCCUGCAGUGGCCCCCAGCCUCCACAGGCUCACCUCACCCACCUCAGCAAGGGCUUGAGGAGGAAGCCACCACCUUCCAGCACACCAAAGGACAAUCCCCGAAGACUGCCGCUGCGUCACCACGUUGAUAUCAGCAGACCCUUCAAAGCCAUCGAUAUCAGUCAGUCCUGUUCACCUCAGCGAGUGCCCCCGCCCCUCCACCAGGCUGCACGUGCCCCCAGCGUCCCCGCCAGACCCCUGCCCACCAACCCUGUUCUCAGGCCGCCGGCCCAGGGAACUCAGAAGCCACAUCCUCCUCAGAAGCCUUUGCCAGCAGAUCCUUUGAGCAAGACCACUCGGCUCACCAACACCUCCUCAGGGAGGACCCCAGGACAGCCAGAGGCCGGGUUACGCCUGGCUCCUCUGAGACCUGCCCCUAAACAGCCCCACCCGGUGCCCAGAGCUGCCCAGACCCAGUGA